AAAAAUGCAAAAAAAGGAAAAAGGAAACACACUCAAUCUCCUACAAGCAAACCUCCUAAACAGACAACAAACACAACAAACACAACACAGUCCGCUGCAUCCGCAGCUCCACAGCUUUCCAUUGUUUGCUUGUUUGUACAUAGCUAUCGGCUUUGUAUCCUCUUUCUGGGAUAGUCCCCGAUGAGGGAGGGUAUGGGGGAUGAAAUUUCAAAUCUUUUACAGUAAGGUAAGUACAGUUUAAUUUUCUUUUAUCUGUGGCAGGUAGGAGACGGAAAGGGAGAGAGAGGGAUAACGCUAUUCCCUAGUUACUAUGAUUUUGGCUUGCUUGUUUGUUUGUUUGGAGAUUGAGAUUGAGAUUGAAGAUCUAAGGGCUUGGAUGUUGUGGGAAGGAAGGGUGUGUCUGUGAGUGGGCGGGUGGUGGAUGGUGGAUGGUGGAUGGUG